AUGGCUUCGGACAAUCGAUCUCCAUUAUCGAUGGCUUCUCGUUCUUCUCCGGCGGGUCUGUUAGGGAAGAAGAGGCGGUCAAGUCAGAAUGUAAAUAAUUUGGCGACGGUUUCAAGCAGUUUAUUGCCGGCGUUUGGCACGGUCGUCGGCGACGGAACUCCCAAACUUAAAAGAUUUAUUAUAGCCCCAUAUGAUAGAAGAUAUCGGUUGUGGCAAGCGUUUUUGGUGGUGUUAGUUGGUUACUCGGCCUGGUCCUCGCCGUUUGAGUUUGCAUUUAGAAAGGCAACCGCGAUGUCAUCGUUGAUGCCCGGUGACUUGGUGGUUGAUGGUUUCUUUGCUAUUGACAUUAUCCUCACUUUCUUUGUUGCUUACCUCGACAAAUCCACCUAUCUCCUUGUCGACAAUCAUCGCAGUAUUGCCAUUAGGUACUUGACACACCCAUGGUUUACUAUGGAUGUGGCUUCGACUCUUCCAUUUCAAAUCAUAUAUUCUAUCAUAACCGGAAAAAUGCACCAGGGUACUGUUUUUGGUUUCCUCAAUUUACUCCGGUUAUGGAGGUUGCGUCGUGUUAGUGAACUCUUCUCAAGAUUAGAGAAAGAUACGCGAUUCAGCUACUUUUGGACGAGAUAUUGCAAAUUGAUAUGCGUGACACUCUUUGCAGUUCACUCAGCAGGCUGCUUCUACUUCUGGUUAGCCACGCAUCACAAAGAUGUAGAUAACACUUGGAUUGGAGUGCAAAUUCCCAACUUCGAACACCGAAGCAUUUGGUUAGGAUACACCUACGCCAUUUACUGGUCGAUCGUGACUUUAACGACAGUUGGUUAUGGGGACCUGCAUGCAGUAAACACAAUGGAGAAGAUAUUCACCAUUUUCUACAUGUUAUUCAACAUUGGCUUAACAGCUUAUUUGAUUGGUAAUAUGACCAAUCUCAUUGUCCAUAGUGCAGUGAAAACUUUCCUCAUGAGGGAUUCAAUUAAUGAGCUUUUGAGGUAUGCAAGCAAGAACCAUCUUCCAGACGUUUUGAAACAGCAGAUUUUGGCUCAUAUGCAACUGAAAUUUAAGACAACCGAGCUCCAACAAGAACAAGUGCUUGAAGAAUUACCAAAGGCUAUUAGAUCAAGUAUUUCUCAACAUUUAUUUCAGACAACUGUGGAAAAUUCUUACCUGUUCAAAGGAGUCUCUGAAGAUCUUAUCAUACAAAUGGUAUCAGAGAUAAAAGCUGAAUACUUCCCACCUAAGGUUGAUAUCAUUUUACAAAACGAGAUACCUACAGAUUUCUAUAUCAUAGUAUCAGGAGCAGUGGAUGUGCUGACACAAAAGAAUGGAAUGGAUCAGUUCAUUUCAAAGCUAGGAGCUGCAGAUAUGGCGGGAGAAAUAGGAGUUAUGUUCAAUAUCCCUCAGCCUUUUACUGUGAGAACUAAGAGGCUUUCUCAGGUGAUUCGUUUUAGCCAUCACCAUUUCAGGGAUAUCCUACAGAACAACAGUGAUAAAAAGAUAGCUGUCUCGAACUUUAAACAGUAUUUGAGAGCCAUGCCCCAAGAUAUGAAAGACGAAAUACCAUUAAUAAAAAUGGUUAUAGGUGAUACCAAUGAAGAGACCACUUCACCAGUUGAAGAUCAUCAUGUAGGACCAGAUGCCAACCCUCAAGGAUCAAACUCACAUCUCCUAAGGGUUGUAAUACACGGUCAUCAUCCAAAUGACAAGAAAACUGAAGGAAUAAUAAAGAGAGGAAAACUAAUUUAUCUUCCAGGUUCAAUUGAUGAACUCCUUAAUAUAGCAGAAAAGAAGUUCGGAAAAAGAGGAUCAAGAAUCCUCAUGGCAGAUGGUUCACAAGUGGAAGACUUGAGAGUUGUAAGGGAGGAUGACAAUUUGUUUAUCCUCUAAGACUGUUAACUGUAAUAUAUAAAGAACUACUAUAACAAAGAUCAUGAAGAAGAGAAAGAAGAUACCAAGAAAGCUAGUUGAUACGCUCAAAAGCUGUGAAUCCGUCAUAUAGCUUCCUUCUUUCACAAACAAUAAACUGUUGGUGUGUAUACUUGACUUCUCAAUUGAAGAUUAGAAUCACACUUGACCAGACAUACACUAACUCUAAUAGAUUAGCUAUAAAUUUUUUGAAGGUGAUCACUCAUCAAGGGAUAUUUCCAUGAUGUUUGAGA